AUAUGUUAUUAGAUUUGAUUCUUUUAGAUAUUGUUUUAGAUUUGUUUUUUUUGGAUAUUGAUUUAGUAGACUUGGUUGUAGAUAUUGAUAUUUUACCAGAUUCAAUUGACACAAUAGGUGCAGAAGCAGAAAUA